GAGGACCAGCUAUUAAUGGCUCACGUUGAGCCUGCUCAACCUGUUUCUCAUUGUUCGACAUCUGGCUUGCAAAGCAGGAAGAUGUCCACAUUCUUUCAGGCGCCUUGUUGUUUCUACCUGCUUUGACUGGAAGGAUGGAUGCAGAGAGAGGUUAAUCAUUUUGGAAUAAGAGAGACUGCGUAUCAAGUAGAAUGGAGAAGAGGAGGAACGGAGAGAUGAUGACAACAUGGAAAGUUUCUCAUAUCUUCUUGCUGCUUAUGGCUCUGCUCCAAACUCCCACGCCCUCCUCAGCUCAAAACACCACAACUACCACCAGUAGCACUUCAGCACCCAGCCCAGCAGCUCUCAGUUACAGCACACGCCCAGCCGAUGUCACAGUGGCGGUGGGAGAACCUGCAGUGUUUAGCUGUGGCGUGACCGAAGCUUCUCCCAGUCUCUCGUUCACCUUAUAUAGUAGUCACGGCAACUACACCCUCAUCUGCCCUAAUGGCCAUCUGGAAGAUAUCCCCCAGGCCCUCUAUGGAAGCUGUGAUGUGAAAAAUGGAGAAUCACUGGCUGUGUGGGCCCUCAGGGGAACCUCUUUCUCUGACAAUGGCACACGGGUCGUGUGUAAGCAGUCAGCAGAUCCUGACUCACUGGCCGCUGUCCUUCAUGUUUAUGAUGAUGGCACAAACUACGCCAUUCUCAUCGGCUGCAUCAUCGGGGGCUUUUUUGGCAUGCUGCUGGUGUGUGGUUUAUUUUACCUGAUGCUGUGGAGAUCAGAUAGCUUCCGGAAGUGUUUCAGGGGAAAAGAAACAGAAGACGAUCUGACCACGAUUGUGACGAAGGACUCGAAGAAGAUAGAAAGCUGAGGAGGAGAUGAUGUGGCUUGUAAACAUCCCCAGUGAUAAGCUCCCUUCACUUUUCUUUCGAAACAAUUACCUGUUCGGUUCUCGAAAGCUGAAGUGAACCCAGAUAUGGAGAUGCUGUCGUCUGAAAUGUUUGAGGCCAGAUCCAUUGUUACUCCUGAUAUCUUCUGCUCCUUGUUGUGUCCUCAAUAACUGAACCUGUUCACAAUGAGCCCUUCAAACAAUACACCAAAAUGAUUGGCUGGGUCAUAAUUCAGCAUUGACUUCCUUACAGUCCUACAUAAACUUUGUGUCGUGUUUUGUAAUGUGCGUAUAUCAGUAGUACGACUAUGAAGUUUUUUAAAAGCUGGGUCUUGAAGAACACAAUGUUUAAAUUAAAUUUAAAUUAAAUUAAAAUGAAUGAAUAGUUUUCACCCACAUGUUAUUAAAACAGUGAGGAAGCAGAGAGGUUGUGAAAGUGCUGAGGAAGCAAUCACAAAAAAGGAUUGUCAGCAGUUAAAUGAGAAGAGCAGCUGCUCUUUGUGUCAUUUCACAUGACUGACGGCUCCACACAAACACACUAAUGGAGGCUAGGAGUUCACAGACAAGGGCUCCUAGCUGAGCUUUAAACAAGUGGUUGGUCUGCUGCACUUUCACAAUCUGUCCACUUGAGGGAAGCCCUCGCUUCAGAUAUAACUCACCAGUCAACGAGCCCUGUACAGAAAAAUAUUCAUUUUUAAAAAUGAUUGUCAAUAAAUAUCACAGAUCACACAACA